GGAAAUGAUGGGAGAGUGAUGGGAAACAACAGGGAAAUUAUGGGAAACAAGGAGGAAGUGAUGGAAGAAUAAUGAGGAAACACCAGGAGAAUAAGAGGGAAACACUGGGAAAACACCAUGGAAAUGGCAGGAGGCAGAAAACAAUGGGGAAAAAAGGGAAAACACUGGGAAAACACCAGGAAAACGAUGUGGAAAUGCCAGGAAAACAGCAGGGGAGGGGGCUGGGCUCACUUUGGGCCCUUCUGCCACAACCUCGGGAGAGUUUGGGGAAUUUUGUCACACGCUGGGAUGAUUCCCAGAGGUUUUGUCCCUCCCUGGCUGGAUUUUGGGGGAUUUCCUGGGGUUUCUCUGCAGGUUUGGCAGCGGGGCAGCUCUACUCGUACCCGGCGCGGCGCUGGCGCAAGAAACGCCGCGCCCACCCCCCGGAGGACCCCCGGCUCUCCUUCCCUUCCAUCAAACCCGACGCGGAGCAGGCGCUGAAGAAGGAGGGGCUGCUGUCGCAGGACGGGAGCAGCCUGGAGGCGCUGCUCAGGACGGACCCUCUGGAGAAGCGCUCCCUGCCCGACCCGCGCUUGGACGACGACAGCCUGGGCGAGUUCCCGGUCACCAACAGCCGCGCCCGCAAGCGGAUCCUGGAGCCCGACGAUUUCCUGGACGAUUUGGACGACGAGGAUUACGAGGAGGACACGCCCAAGCGGAGAGGGAAGGGCAAGGCCAAGGGAAAAGGCGUGGGGGGCGCUCGGAAGAAGCUGGACGCCGCCAUCCUGGAGGACCGGGACAAACCCUACGCGUGUGACAACAGUUACAAACAAAAGCAUUCCUUGAAACCUCCCGACCGAGUCUGCGGGAAGCGCUACAAGAACCGCCCGGGGCUGAGCGACCACUGCGCCCACUCGCACCUGGCCGAGGAGGAGGGCGACGACAAGGACGACUCGCAGCCCCCCACGCCCGUGUCCCAGCGCUCCGAGGAGCAGAAAUCCAAGAAGGGUCCCGACGGGUUGGCCCUUCCCAACAAUUACUGCGACUUCUGCCUGGGGGACUCCAAGAUCAACAAGAAGACGGGACAGCCCGAGGAGCUCGUGUCCUGCUCCGACUGCGGCCGCUCCGGGCACCCGUCGUGCCUGCAGUUCACGCCGGUGAUGAUGGCAGCGGUGAAGACGUACCGCUGGCAGUGCAUCGAGUGCAAGUGCUGCAACAUCUGCGGCACCUCCGAGAACGACGACCAGCUGCUGUUCUGUGACGACUGCGACCGUGGGUACCACAUGUACUGCCUGACCCCGCCCAUGUCCGAGCCCCCCGAGGGGAGCUGGAGCUGCCACCUCUGCCUGGACCUGCUCAAGGAGAAGGCGUCGAUUUACCAGAACCAGAACAGCUCCUGAUCCUGCUCUUCCUCCCCAUCCUCAUCCUCACCCUCACCCUCACCCCCUCGGCUUUGGGGCCUUUUAUUUCCCCUUUUUUUUGGGUCCUUUCCCUUUUUUUCCCUGUUUUUCCCUCUUUUU